ACAGCAAAACGCAUACAUUAUUUCAUUUUUAAUUUCUUGAGAAUCCUUCUACUGUGCAGUUAACAGACAAUUUUGGACAAGAGAAUGCAAAAUCCCAGGUCAGAGAAGCUAGAAUUUCUCCAGAAAUGGAUGGAGGGUAUGGGAAAAUGCACGUCCCUUAAGAAGAACAUGAGCUUGUUAGAGAGGAAGAAGGCCAUAAAAGUGUCAGCAGAUUUAGCCAUGGCUUCCACCAGAACUGAAAGCAAGUGUUGGAGCCGAGCCCUCAUUGCCAAUAUUGCUUCCAGAGACCAUAACAGCAAAGUCCUGACGGAGCACGUAAUAGGCUCCUCGCAGUGCUUAAGGCUAAGAAAGGCUUUCACUUCUUCUUCAUUUUCUCAGCUUAAGAACAAGAGGAUGCUUAAUAGAACCAGGAAGAUCAUGAAGAGAAGGCGCCGUACAGUUCGUAGUAGAGUGAAGAAAGUAGUGAUGGCGGAUUCUAUUGCAAGGAGGCUGGUCCAAAAGAGAACAGAAAUGCUAAAGAGGCUUGUUCCAGGUGGCGAUCUUAUGGACGAUGAUGUGUCCUUGAUUGAAGAAACCCUAGAUUAUAUUCAAUCCCUCCGAUCUCAGGUUCAAGCAAUGCGCUGUCUUCUCGCCACUUCCCAGCUCAUGAAUUGUUCCUAAAUUUACUCGCUAUAUAUAUAGUUUUAUAUAC